AUGACCAUGGAGGGCAAGGUCUUCGCCAUCACCGGGGGCGCGAGCGGCAUCGGUCUCGCGACGGCUAAGACCAUCUCGAGCCGGGGUGCCACGGUAUGCAUUGCAGAUGUCGACCCAAAGGCUAUGCAGGAGGCAGAGGACUACUUUAAAGAGAAGAAUGUGCCGUUCACGGUCAGCAGAGUGGACGUCUCUCAGAGACAGGAAGUGGAUUCAUGGAUCGAUGGCAUUGUGGAGAAAUAUGGUAGGCUCGACGGGGCGGCAAACGUAGCUGGAAUCAUUGGAAAGGCUCAUGGCACGGCUGGAGUGGCUGACCUCGAUGACGCCGAGUGGCACCGGAUCAUUGCGAUAAACCUCACCGGGAUGAUGUACUGCUUACGAGCGGAGCUCAGAAAGGUUGUUGAUGGCGGAUCAAUUGUCAAUAUAUCCUCCAUUCAUGGUCUGAAAGGGUUUGCGAAUCAUGCCGCCUAUGAUGUGAGCAAACACGGUGUCAUUGGGUUGACUAGAUCUGCCGCACAAGAAAAGAAUUGGGACCUUGUUGGACGAGCUGCCGAUGCUCCUUUUGAUGACCCAAGUGCGUUCCGAAGACAAGGUACUGCUGAAGAGACUGGCAAUGUUAUUGCCUUCCUUCUUGGCCCCGACAGUACAUUCGUGAGCGGUAGUGUCUACCGCGUGGACGGAGCAUGGACGUAA